AAACCUGGUAGGAAAGCGGAAGUAAGAUUGAUAUCAACAACCUGAUCUCAGGCAAAACUUUAGUGUAGUUAAAACAGCUACACCUCAUAAAGUUAUUCUAUCAGAUACAAAUGUCGUAACAAGAGCUGGUGUAUUAUGGAGGAAGCUUUUCACUGCGCGCCGUGGAAGUGGUUUGUGCUCGUGCUCAAACUCGGUGGCUAAUUUAGCCAUUUGAGCAGCUAAGUUACGUUAGCUAACAACUUUUUGUCAGCUGACUAUAGUGGCUUUAUUCGGACAGCCUCAGUGAGUCUGAUAUGCGCAGAGAUAGCUCCGUGCUUCGUUUUACCAAGGUUGCGGGUGUAGCUGGACUGUCUGCUAGCUGUCGUUGGUAGUGUUUAUGCGGCGCUGAUAAUAGAGCCCCGGUUUGCAAUGCUCCUGCAGCUGCUCCCACCUGUCAACUAGCUGGCUCCUCUCCUCCUGUCUCCCGUCAGCCCAAUGGCUCACUGCGGCUCCUCCGAACCGAGCGCAAAGGUACAGACACCUCGUCCGGACAGCAUCAUGUCGCCGCAGGGUAGCGUAGACCAGAGCAUGAAGCCGGUACUGUUCGAGAUCUUCGGCGAGUUAUGGACCGUCCAGUCGCGGCUCGGCCAGGGAGUCUCGGCCUCGGUGUACCGGGUCAGCUCAGGCAGAGCCAGCACCGCCGCUGUCAAGGAGUUUCAGGCCGACACUCAGGGAGGGGACUACGGGUAUCACAAGGAGAGGUCCGUGCUGGAAGACAUCCAGGGGCAUAAAAACAUCGUGACGCUGUAUGGGGUGUUCACCAACCACAGCUGUGUGGGUGUCACCACCCGCUGUCUUCUGCUGGAGCUCCUGGAUGUCAGUGUGUCCGAGCUGUUGGUGAGAGGCACCAGUGGCACCCAGGGUGGUAGACCCCAGCAGGGCCACUCCAUGUGGCUUGUCCAGCACUGUGCCAGAGACAUCCUGGAGGCUCUUGCCUUCCUUCACAGGGAAGGCUACGUCCACGCCGACCUGAAGCCACGCAACAUCCUCUGGAGCGCUGACGACGAGUGCUUCAAGCUCAUCGACUUCGGCCUCAGCUUCAAAGAGGGAAACCAGGAUGUCAAGUACAUCCAGACCGACGGGUAUCGCGCUCCCGAGGCUGAGCUUCAGAAUAGCCUUGCUCAGGCUGGGGUGGAGAUGGACGGGGACUCGGGCUGCACAGCUGCCGUUGACAUGUGGAGCCUGGGCAUCAUCCUGCUGGAGAUGUUCUCAGGAAUCAAACUCAAAGACACCGUCCGCUCGCAGGAGUGGAAGGAUAACAGUGCUGCCAUUGUAGACCACAUUUUUGCCAGCAACAGUUUGGUGUGCCCUGCCAUCCCUGUCUAUCACCUCCGAGACCUUAUCAAAAGCAUGCUUCUCAACGACCCAAAGCAGAGAUGCAUUGCUGAAACUGCCCUGCUGAGUCCAUUCUUCAGUAUUCCCUUCGCUCCUCACAUUGAGGACCUGGUUCUGCUGCCCUCUCCUGUCCUGCGUCUGCUCAACCUGAUUGAUGACAGCCAUCUGCACAAUGAAGAAGAGUAUGAAGACAUCCUGGAGGACAUGAAAGAGGAGUGCCAGAAGUACGGCUCAGUGGUUUCUCUGCUCAUCCCCAAGGAGAACCCAGGGAAAGGACAGGUGUUUGUAGAGUAUGCCAACUCCAGCGACUCCAAAGAGGCUCAGAGGCUGCUGACGGGCCGCACCUUUGAUGGGAAGUUUGUUGUGGCCACCUUCUAUCCUCUCAGCGCCUAUAAAAGAGGUUACUUGUACCAGACGGUGCAGUGAAGUCCUAAAGCUCAAUUUACACCUCUGCACUGUUUGCAUGAAUAAAACACAACUGCAUAGGGCACCACAGGUGGAGAGUGUUUUCUCCCUAUAAAUAUAACCACAGCCAACACAGAGUCGUGAGUGGUUGCCCUGCAGCUCAAAUGAUUCAGUUAUAAAUGUUCUGCAUGUGAUCAUGUGGUUUCCUACAGUAAAUUCUGUGUUUCAUGCAGAGUGUAAAUUGAACUCAGCUGUGAGGAGUGUACACCAACACUAAACUUCUGCUUCCUCCAGCCUGUGUACACUACUCUUACCAGUGCACAUCCAUGUAUUGCUUCAAGGUGACCUGCAUCCAUCUCAUUUAAUGACUCGGGCUGAUAGUCUGUGGUCUGGGUUCAGCGGCUCCUCUUCUGGUUUUCCAAACCUACUCUCAUUCAUUCAAUAGAAAUUAGCCACACUAAAGAAUGUGUAAUCGAGACAAGAAAAUUCCUCUCUGAUGAGGGUUGCUAGAGCAAAAGCCCUCAUCAGAUGAUCUGAGAAUCUGUGCUCUACGUUACUAAGUAGUUCUACAUAUCUAAGUAGUUUGAUCUCUCUCGAUAAAUUAUUAGUGAAACACUUAAUCUCGUCAGUUGAGUCUGGGAUGUGAAUAGAAACAUGUAGCAGGAUAACACUGAUAUUAUAUGUCUCAAACUUCAAAUCCUGAUGACAAACAAAAUCCCUCUCAACUGAAGAUUUCCUCUAGAUAAAUGAGCGUCCUAUCCUGUUGUUAAAUAAGGAAUGAUAGUAAUUAUGUUUGUUAUGCUGAACAUUUAAUGAGAGGAAACGGCGUGGUACUAGGGGAUAUACAGGUAUACUCUGCUUGGUUUCAGGGAGGAUUGGUUUGGAGUGAGCCGUCUACCAGCUCACUCUCUCUCCGCCAUUAUCUGAGCAAGCCAAGGGCUCCCAGCGCCCUGUCCUGUAGCCUUAUGCUUUGUAGCUUUUUUAAUUUACACAAGUCUACGUACUCAGAAUAUAUUUUAUCAUUAGUUGAUUAUGCUCCUGUGUAUGAGGACAUACAGUGAGUUUUGUGUUUUUACUGAAAGGGCACAUGAACAAAUCUUUUGGAGCACAUGGUGAAAAUAAUGACUGACGUAUGAGUGAAAUGGUGGUGAGGAGUGGUUUAAAGCCACUGUGUAGCGUCUUUCCAAUUUUUCUAAUGGUGUAGGUUGUUUGUAGACAAUCCUGGUGGGAACUGGUGUGGUGUAUGUUUUGCUUUCACUAAAGUUGGACAUUUUCCAACACAUAGUGGCUUUAAAGAAUGUGCAGUACUGAUGGCUACUGUACUAACUAGACAGAUGAAGUGUAAUGUUAUACAACCAUCUAGUGCUUCAACUGAUUCUUUCAGUACUACUGAGCAUGAGCCAGUGGAUUCAUGGGUAGACCGCAACAUCACAGAGGCAUCAGACAUUGUUUCUGUCAGUUUUAAGAAAUGCUAGUUGCAUGACAAUGUAGUGAAUUUUAUGGAUCAAUAAUGUGGACAGAAGUGUCAUAAAAUGUGCAGUCUUGAUAAGAAGACUUUUUGAAACCAACAAAAUGAUAUCAUUGGUUAUAUUGGGACAGUUUUACCAAUAGAGUCCAGGAAGAAGCGUGAUGAUGUUGGGUAGCAGCACCAAGGGGUCAGCAAGCGUGGUAUUGCUGCAGUGGAAUGUACCUUUUGUUGGAGAACCAGAUUCUUUUGUUCUCUGGGUUUUUAUUCUCUUGCUUCCACUUGAUAACAGUGGCGAUGUAGUACCCAUCAAGCCCACUCUGUCACGCUGAAACAUUAGGCGAUUUCUACCCAAGUGCACUAUGACAUUCAAGCUAGCUAACUAACCAAAAUGCUGCUAUAACAACAGGUUGUGCUACAACUUCACGCGCCCAUUCCUUACGUAGCCCAAGCCGUCGCAGAUGCCUUAGAGAAUAAUUCCCUUCUAGCAGAUGUAGUCCCACCCAGUAACAGAGCCGGACUGUAAGAGACAAUAAAAUGGAGUAGUGAUCUGUUUUAGUUUCUUCAUAAAGUGGAAAGACACUGACAAUGCUGGCAUCAGCUACAGUAUAUGCUAUACUCACAGUAUUUGCUAAAUGCUGAAGCUCUUCUCUAAAAGUUCCAUAGUCUUGUUUUAAAGUCUGGUGUGUGACGAGCCGCAGCUUGUUCACUCAUGUUCUAGAGCACAAACAUAGAGCCUAGCUCCAUCUUGGAAAAUGUGAUUAAAGUAUGUGAGAGAAACUAGAUAUUCAUAUAGAAGAAGAGAAUAUUUGAAGCUUACAGACGCAUUAAUCUUCCUCUGUCUGAGACCUAUUUUUAUUGAAUGUGUUACUCCUUCCUCUAUAAGAACACCUUGAAAUUCUGCAACUAAAAAUAUAAAAACCUAGAGUCGGAGGACAAGUUGCAGUUUCGUCUUAUCAAAAAUACUACAAAAAAAUUCCUAUUUUUCUACAAACUUUAUGUGUGCCUGAAAUGUGAAUUCCAAAGUUUCCACUUGAAGGCGUCACUGGCUUAAAAGAAUCUAAAUUUGAAACUUGAAUUGGACUCCAACCACUUGACUACACAGCACUUUUUAAAUUAGCAAUCUGUGGUACGCAAGUGUGAUGGUCAGUGUUGUUAGUUACUUGUGACAUUUCCCUCAUUUAUCCUGUUGUUUGUCAAAGACCUGGUGCAAAAAAAUGUCUUUGAUAAAGUCAAGAUAUUAUUUUAAGUUUAAAGUUUGAUUUUCACUCCAUGGUUUGUAUUCGAUAAUGCGUGACAAGUGAGUGUGAGUGUAAGCUGUGCUCUUUACUUGGUAUUUAAAUACUGUGCGAGCGUAGAAUUGAAAAAUUUAAGGGUUCUGUAUUAGUGAGUGUGCGUAUAAUCAUAAGCAUCAAAGGUCCCCAGCAGAAACUCAACCGGCGGCCGUUGCAGUUAUGUAUGUGUCACCAGGCCAUAUCACCCGGUCAUAUUUGCUGAAACUUUUCACUAUAUGCUGACAGUAGUACAUGAGACAGAUAAUCUGUAUAAAAUAAGUUCCUCUGCCUCCUCCUAGUGCUGGUCUUGGCCAAUCAGAGCCAAGAAAGAUAGUUUAUUGUGAAGUACACUUUGGUUCCCUGGCAUUGACACUCAACAAUCAACUAUCUUCAAGCCGCCCAUCCAAAACGUUGGUAUUUGACAACCUGGAAAUGAGACUCAACGAUCAAACUAUCUUUCUUUGCUCUGAUUGGUUGUUUUCUUUCUGGCCCAGUGGAUUCUUGCUAAUGCCAUCAGGAGCACUAGGAGGAGCCAGAGGAAGCUGAUUGUUUCACAGAUUAUCCGUCUCAUGUUCUACUGUCAGGAUAUGGUGAAGGUUUCAGUGAAUAUAACAGAAUGACACUUUCGUUUGCUAGUAUUUAAUAGUGAGGGUUUUUAUCCUUACAUCCAUCACAUGGUCUUCCACACCUAAACUGACACUUCAUUUCCAAAUCUCUGUCCUGCCUUGUCCCUUAAGUUUUACAUUUGCAGGAGCUGCGAUAACAGCAGGUGAUAAAACAGAGAAGCACAAAGGCAAAGUUAAGAGUAGAUACAAGACCAAACCAAAUAUGACCUUUAUGUCACUCUACCGACUGACCAUCCACUGAAUCGUCUAUUAAAGCCACACUGCCAUUGUUAAAUGCACUGCUACAUGAUCAGUUUAUAAAUGCUACAUUUAUUGGUUUGUCCGUCAUCUUGUAUCACGUACUGGAGGGCGGUACUGAUUCUGAAGUGUUAGGUGUGCAUUAAUGUUAGCAUUAGGUUAUUGGUUGAAGUUAUGGUUUCUAGUGUUUGUAGUUUACAUAGAAAAGGGCAAAGCCGGUUUCUAUUGAUGGCUGCACCUUAGAAGUAUAAUGUAACUGCCCUGCCUUUAUGGAUGACUAAGAAUAACUAAUUGAUCCAGCGUUUGAUUUAGAGCCCCACCGAUAUGGGACUUUUCAGACCAAUACUUUAUAGAAAAACAAAUGAGAUAAUAAUGGUUGGAGAAAACUACCCAUUUUCUGUUUUUUACAGAAACUGCUAUUUUCCCAAUUUUAGUUUUCUCAUUUCAAAAUUAAAAUCUGUUGGCCACAAAGCACACAGGCCAUAAACAUAUACAUCAAUAAUGAUACGAUACUGAUAUUUCUGCUACCGGCUAAUAUCGGUCGGGCUCUAAUUUGACGAUAUCUGUUACCUGCAGGUCUGAGUCUGGUUCUGCUAAGACUUGGGCAGUUCAGAUUACAUAAGCAUUAAUAGUCUAAGAAAUAACCUGCAUCCACAGAGCUCUGAGCGUCUAUAGUGCUAACCUAAAUAUUUAGCAGUGUUUAAAUAUUAGACUCAAAUAUUUAUUGAGGCUACUGUUGACCUGAAUUAUAUAAUAUCGGGUGGUUUGCUGCAUGCUGAUCCUGUUUUUGAGAAGGAGCUCAUUUUAGUUGUAAUCCUAAAAGUAUCUUGAGCUCUAGGAUAUGCAAAAGCAUAAUUUUUUUGUUUGUUUACACAGUGAUUUCACCUUUAUAUUAUUAUCUUUAGCUUAGAUAGUUUUUCUCUCUCUGUGCAGAGGGCAUUAUGUUUUUGUUCCAAUUUAAAGCUGCAAUAGGUCACUUUUUAUAAUAAAAAAAAAAAUUAGAAAGGAAAGAUGGUUUGCGUUAGUGUCUUAAAGAUGGUUGAUUGUUGAGUCUUAUUCCAGGCAUCUGUAUUUGACAACCUGGGAAUGAGACUCAACAAUCAACUAUCUUUCUUUGCUCUGAUUGGUUGUUUUCUUUCUGGCCCAGUGGAUUCUUGCAAGUGCCAUUAGGAGCACUAGGAGGAGCCAGAGGAACCAGAUUUUUUCACAGUUUAUCUGUCUCAUGUACUACUGUCAGGAUGUAGCGAAAGUUUCAGCAAAUAAGGCAAAACGUUACUUUUACAAAAGUUACCUACUGCAGCUUUAAGUGUGUGCUAUGCAGGUGAAAAAAGACACCUGCCACCUGUAUGAAGUAGUGUACGCACAAAAGUAAAAUCCUGGUACACUGUCUUCAUUUCACACUGUUAAUAUAACACCCUACUAAUGUGAUGUGUGCUAAUGUGUGCACAUAGUUAAUGCUCACUGCCAGAGUUAACCAUUUAGGGACAUAAUCCAGUUUGACGUGAAUUGAGCACUUCAGUCAGGCAGCAUCAUGGGACAUAAGAUUCCAGUGUGUCAUUAUGAUCUGACAUGGACAUCAUUUUCUACCAAUCAGCGACAAUAUGCAAACUAAGGCAAACAACUCUUUUUUUGUUUGUUUGUUUAAUCAGUUCAUUACUUUAUUUUUUUUAGAUUAUUGUGUUGGUUGUGGACUGUAGUACUGUUGCUGAGCACAGUGUUGGUCAGCAGGGACAGAGAGGGGACAGGGUGGAGAGCAGAAUCAGAUGCCUUUAAGAGCUCUGUGUGUUGGGCGAUCCUGAGCCCAAAGUGAUUUUCUUCCAGUUAUUAUAUUCAUAUUGCGGAGCUGAGAAUAAGUUGAAGCUGCCUUGCCACAACCUGCACUAGCUUCCAGUCAAACAGGAGACAGACAGGGGCCUCUGUCCUGUAGGGAUUCAGUGGGGAUGCAUGAAGUUCCUUGCUCCUUUUGCCUUCAUGCUCAGCUCCAAUUUCUUCCCGCCUGGCCUCAGAGUCCUCCAUUCCUGUCUUUAGGUCUGUCUUCAAACAAGUGUCUUUAGUACUUACUCUUCCGGCUUUUAAAGCUGUAUUAGGUCAGAUUUGAAUCCGUCUUCCCAUCUGUUUGAAUUAUUCUGUUAUUGUGUGUGGACACUAAAGGGAACCUGUGCUCACAGAAACGGCAACAUCCAAACAGUCUUCUGCACAUGCAGCAAAAUGUAGUUGAGUUUGGGUUUUCUUGACACUGCAUUACAUGAUUUAUGGGUGUUUAAGUCUCAGCAACACUUACUUCUCACUUGCCAUCUGGUUCUACCAAUGAGCUAAAGCAGCAUUAAGUUGGUUUAUCUCCCAUUUUCUGUCAUCUAAGAUGUCAUUUGUCCGUCUUCUUCCUGUCUUUGCUGCUCAGAGUGGUUCAUUUGUGCACUGACAGAGAUUCAGGGCUGUGCUUUAUUUUCAUGGCACCUGACCUCUAGGCCUGACUUUGAUAAGCUCUCAGCACAUUUGCAUUAGUGUGUGUCUAGAUCAUUUGGACAAGGUGUGUCUGUGUGUGCGCUCGUGUAGAGGAUGAAGUAGCGGUAACAAAUUAUUACCAUAUUUGGAGGCGGGGUUUAUAAGUUGCAGCUGUCUACCUGUGUGCAUGGUAUGCCUGUGUGAGACAGUUCUAUGUAACAUUGUGUGUCAGACAAUUUUGUGGGUGUUUGUGUGUGGUGUUAUUGCUGAAGCACUAUAUGCCUGUUUGCUUGCAAAGGGCAAUUUUAAAUCAUAAGGACAGUGUGAGUGCAGCCAGCCAUUUAUACUGUGAUGUCUAUAGUUUCCAUUCCUAUUAACAAAGCACACAUUAUUUAAGGCUAGACUUGAAAUUCUGUACAGCACAGAGGUUAAAAGGUGAAGUGCAGUGUUGUCCAGAAAAGAUCAAAUAUAAAGAAAGUGAAUCAACUGCUUCAUUUUGCUCAACAGAGCCUGACACAAAACUCUGAAUAAAAAACCUCACUGACUGUGUGGAUGGAAUUAGUCAAGUGAAGGUAAAUAAGAACAAUCACACUACAGCAAUCUCAAUGUUUACAUGCGCAAAAUAUUCCGUUUUUUGCCUUUAUACUGAAAGACAAUAUUCCUACUAAUCUGUUUACGUGACUAAUGAUAAUGAGACAUGCUGAUGUAUGCUGUGCGUACUCAAGUUAAUGUAACUGUUAAUGACGUACUAUACGACCUACAGAGGAAUUUCCCUCCUUUUCCUUCCUUUUCUAUACUUGUACUUUGCUACCAACAGAUUUUUGUCUUGAAAUAGGAAAACCAAGAUCAGAAAAUGAGCCAUUUGCUAACAUAAAUCUAUAAAAACAGAAAACUAAAAAUCUAAAAACCAAAAUGAAAAACAACCUGGUUUUGAAAAUAAAAACAGAAAAGGAAAACAUAACCCGGUCUUUUCUCCAUAUUUAUAAAUAGUAGUUUGCUUUUCUCAUUUCAAAAUAAAAGUCUGUUGGGAAGUAUACUGUGAAAGAAAUGUUCCUCUUUUUCAACCUGCAGUAAAACUGGAACACCCAGAGCCACUUGAGCCAUUUUGCCUCUUUGUGUCAAGGAUUUUUUUGGUUGUUCAACUGUGAGAACACAGCGUCUCUCUUUCAUCCAUUCAACCACCUUGAAGAGGUCGGCUUUGUUAUAUUUGUACUCCCAGAAACCUUCUAAUAUCCAAGUCUUUCGUGAUGUUUAAAAGCAGUCCUGUUUCUCCUUCUGACCAGAAAUAAUUGGCUUUACUUCUGUGCAUGCAUUUCUACCCCAGCCUCACAAACUGUUGGCUAGUUGGUUUGUUUACAAAGCACAGAGCUGGAAACAGCAGUAAAUAACCCCCAAUGAGACACAUAUUCCGAAUGCGCUGUGUGCAUGUCCAAAGAAGGCUUCUACAACCUGAAUAAUAUUGACACGUCCCACGUCUUAAUCAGAAAAUGCUACAAUAAGACCUAAUUAUCAAUAUCUAAACGGAAUACACUGUUUACAUGACCCUUAUCCAAUGUGGAAUGUUGUCAUUCUCUGUAUAAUAGUGGGAAAUGAGUGUGCAUCUAAACGUAGUCAGUGAUUAUACCUUCACAUGUAAAUCUGUUGGGUCAUUCUUGGGCUGUCCUUGCUGUUAAUGUGAAUAAAGUGUUUGCCAGUUACAGAAAUCUAUGUGAAUAACUAAUGUCAUUUUAAAGCUGCAAUAACCAAUUGAUUUUAAGGGCCAGAAAACCAAAACAACUACCCAAUAUAAACUGAUCCUUCUCUGUGGGCUUUGGCUCUACUGUUGAUUAGUGCAGCUUUAACUGCCUGUGUCACAUUUGAAUAUUUUGGCAUUUAAAAUUGGGCCAUGGGCCCCACCCUGAAGAACCAAGAGCAAUAAUCUAAACAGAAAUCUGACCCCUAACCAGGUUUGUGAAUAAAUGUUGUGCUGUACGGGCUCUGAGGGCUUAGAAACACCAAAUCGAGACCAAACUGUCAGACAACCAAAACUCAUUUGAUCAGGAGGGAGAACUUGCACAGAUGUUAUCAUUUUGAGUUUGAACAACUCAAAACUGUCUUUAAAUAAAGACAUUCCUUGUGACAAUUGUUGCCUUUUUUGGUUGAGGUUUUAUUUCAACCAGUGAGUAAAAGUUGGUAUUUGGGCAGUAGAUGAGAACAGUGGGAUGAUUGAUUUGGCAAACAUAAUUCAAAAGAUUUUUCUCAAUGUAACAUUAAAUAUAAAGAGUUUGUUUCUGUUCUCAGAUAAUCCAUCCUCAGUGUCAAACUGCACUGAACAAUUGUUACUCUUUGUUUCUAAACUUCUGCUUACAGGAAGCACAAUGUGAGAAGGUCACUGUAUGCAACACACACACAACCUGUAUGAAACUGUGUGAGUUAGUCCAUGCUUUACAGCCUUCCAGUUGAGAGUGGAUCAUGGCACUCAUGCUGUUGUAUUUGAGUAUCUCAUAAUAAAAUGAUGCUUGACUUGAA